CUGCUGAGAUGUGGACUUUGAGAGCUCAAGACGGAACAGAUGCUGUCUACUACAUCAAUGCACGCCAGGCAGAUUGGACUUUGGGGCGCUUCCACAAGAACAGUCCCAAUGACAUUACCAUAUCCCGUGCGGGCGAGGGUGCCCUGCUUUUCAUUGGUCGAAAGCACUGCCAGUUAAACGUACAGCCAAUCAAUCCACUGGAAAAAGAGAAUGACUCCGAUUUCCGUACUGACUUGUUCGUAAGCGAUCCGUUCAUGCUUGAUGGCGCGGAGGUGAAGUCCAAAACUGGAACACAGGUCAACAAAGUCAAAACAAAGGGGAGGGUACAAUUGUGCCCCGGAGAUGUGCUGACACUGGGAUCAGGUCCAGAGACUCACAUUGACUUUCGCGUGGAGUAUAUAGCAUUCACGGUGUGUUUCAGCAACAUGAGAAACCAAGCACAGAAACAGGUCGCCAUGACUGAGUCCAUACGCAUGAUCGGCGGAAAAGUAGUAGAAACAUGCACAACAGAGGUGACGCAUAUGGUGUGCCCGAACAUUAAGAUCACAGAGAAGGUCAUCCAAGCCUUACUAGUGGGAGCCCACAUUGUGCUACCUGAAUGGAUCCAUGCAGUGACGGCAAUGAAGAGUGAGGAACCCUUACCAGACCCAGCCAAGUUUAUUCCCUCUGUGGAGAAGAACGAGAUGAAAAAGGUGCCAUCAAGCUCAUCUUUUGCACGCGAUGAGACGAGAGCGGUUUUGUUCAAGGACAUCCACUUCGUCUUCGGGAGUAAUAAUGAUCCAAAUAAAGAGUUUGUGCUUUUGGCAGGAGCGGAGAUGUCGACAAUUCGUGACAGAGGUGUCAAUAUGGACAAAUUGUCUCAAAAUCCCAACGUACGUGUGGUGAAAGACGCACCCAACCCCGCAGGAAAACUCGGCAUCAUGAAGCGCAAGCUGAAAAAAUUCAAACGACGAUUGAUCAACAAUGAGGAGAUCACCCGCGCCAUUAUCCUGUGCAGCACCGAACGCUACUGCAAUCCGAUCGCUCCUGAACCGAAUCCCGAAGGAGAUACCAUGCAAGCCUCUCGCCCCUGCCACGCCAACACAUUGAGCAGCCCACCGAGCAGAAGAGAAGUGCGUGAUGAGGUGAUAGAUGUUGACUCCUUCAUAUCGCGGAUUCCCGAAACGCAGCUAGACAAGAGCUCAAUCGACGCCUGCAUGGCUUUACGGAUACCCGAAACACUUCCGGAAGACAAAAACGUAAUAGACCUAGAAUCAGAUCCAAAAUCAAAAUUAGAAACUAAACAAGGUCCUGAAUCCGAGCCUACACCCGAGCGGAGGACUCGGGCGUCGACCCGUCACACGGCAGAAAAAGCCAAAUCAAGCAAUAAGACCAAAAACUCGGCUGAAAAGGGAACAGAAAAUGCAGCAGAAACCAAGCGCACGCCAUUAGGACGUGGGCGCAAACGUGUACACAGUGAAGCGGAAGAGGAAGUCUUUCCCGAGGGCGAUCCUUCCGAAACCGCACGAGGUGCAUCAGCUUUGACAUCACCACCACCAAACAAGGCUCAGAAGCGCAACACGCGGGAGCAAUCUGGCGGUGACGAGGACAUAUCCAAGGCAACCGCCACGGAGGACGCAGACUUGUUGGCCAAUGAAACUGAAGAGAAAGCGCACCCAGCUGCUACGGCCAAACCUGAUAGGACAACAGCAGGUAUGGUGGAAGUUGGUGGCCCUCUAUACAUCAAAGAUCUAACCAAACUUUUGCAAAUCUCCAUCCCGAAUCAUUAUCCCAAAUUGACUGUAGAUACCUCCAAGAAAGAAGCUAGACGAUCAGCGUCACCGCCACCCCAAUUUUUCGCACCACUUGCGAAAUCCGAUUUUGACAAUUUUGUGGUACCAGAGCCAACUUUACGGUUAAAUAUAGACUGCCAAAAUAAUAGCACGACCCACGCUCCAGGGCGAGCAAAGCCGCUGUCCCACUCACGAACCAAAAUUAAAAGCAAACCGAGUGUAUUGGAUCGGAUUGUGGACAUGUCCAGUGAGCUGUCGCACUACGAACCAUACGUAGCGGCGGUGAUACAGAGUGUGGCUAUGGGAGACAUCCCAGCAAGCCAACCCAUGCAGCACAGCCAAGCGCCUGCAGAAGACGUGGGUGCUAGCACGCAAAGGCGUGACGGCUCGCGACGUGCGGUAUUGACCGAAUUUGCGCCGUUCCAGCCUACGAACACCUCACCGUUCGCACUACCCGAGUUACCUAAGGGUACUGGGCAUAAUAUGCAGGACGGGACUGGUGUGGGCACCACUGCACAGAAUACUGCAAAAGGCAAACACAACAUUACAAAGAAGAAGCAAAGCGGUGGUUCAGAGGCGGUGGCGAACAUGAAUAUUGACGCCGCUGAUAUCAGGGAUUCGGUGCUGAAGGGUGGCGUGGUAGAGGAUGAGUUCGAAACCCUCGCGAACAACUGCUGGCGCAGGGAGAAGACUGUUGUGCCAAGCGACCACGACACUCUGGCCCUGAGCAUGGCCAAUAGGUACUACAUCUACCAGACAAUCCCAGGAAAUGUCAAUAAUGACUCGGGGGUGAAGGUUUUCAAAAAGCAAUCCGUGGCUAAGUGGGACAGAGGACAGGCGCAUGUGGUGCCUCACAACGCGCACGUGCCAGAAUACGACACCGAGAUGCUAGACGACGACACACACGAACCCACACAUGUAAACCACCAUCCACCGGAGCCCAUACCCGUGCCGAAGAAUGUAGAAGAUCCGUGGGACGAUGAGGGUGAAGGUGAAGGGGUGGAUAUGGGUGAGGGCGUUACUAACGGAUCAUCGAGAGCGGAUGUGGCUGUGGAUGAUAGCUUGGAUCGGAAUAGAGCAGACAUGCGCGCGGCGAUGGCCGCCCAUACAGCGACAAGCUCCAGGGCUAAGAAAUCUAACCCGUUUCUGAAGAGGAAACGAUGA